CCUGACCUCAACUCUUUCCAUCCCAUCUCCGUCGCGUCCCCAUCUGCUUCCUCCUCCUCGGCCGUCGCGGCCCACCUCCAAACCCUAACCCCCACAGCCGUGCCGGCCUCCUCCAGCCGCGACGUCGAAGAGGGCAGCGGCGGAGGCGGCAACCUGAUGCCCAGCCUCCCGGUAGGGCUAUGGAGCUCGUCCCCUUCAAGCCGGCGGCCGGAGCCCUCGUCGAGGCGGGCUCCGGGGCCGGCGCGGGCUCGAUCCCGGCGAUGGUCGCCGCGCAGCAGCAGAUGCUUCACGAGCAGGCGGACCAGCUCCAGCGCCUCGUCGUCGCCCAGUGCCGCCUUACCGGCGUCAACCCCCUCGCCCAGGAGAUGGCUGCUGGUGCAUUAUCCAUCAAGAUAGGUAAAAGGCCAAGGGAUUUGUUGAAUCCAAAAGCAGUUAAGUGCAUGCAGUCACUUUUUGCUUUGAAGGAUACUAUUGGCAAAAAAGAAACCCGGGAAAUUAGUUUACUCUGUGGGGUUACUGUUACUCAGGUUAGGGAGUUCUUUACAAGUCAACGAUCACGAGUGAGAAAAUUUGUUCAACUGUCUCGAGAAAAGGCAUUGAGAGUAGAAGCAUCCAAGGAGCAUGACAAUGCGUGCUCCAUAAGCACUGAGCAGAUACCUGUUGACAUAGAGGCACAUGCUGAGGUUAUUGAACCUUUGAGGACUUUAGAACCAGUGGUCCCACAAAGCUCUUCACAACCAAUGGGUGUCCCGCAGGUCUCUUCGCAACCAAUGGGCCUCCCACAAGGGCUUUUGCAGCCUAUGGAGGUCUUCCAAAACUCUUUGCAACAGGCAACAGCCCAGCAGAACUUUGCAGCCCCUGUGAUGCCAUCUGGAACAAUGGGUGUGCAACCAACUGAUGCUAAGAUUAGUUCUGACUCUGCUCAAAAGGAAAUUAAGCAAGAGGAAGUCCAUCCUGGUGUUGAGUCAGAAGAUAAGAAGUUCUUGGAAAGUAUCUUUGCCCUUAUGCGGAAGGAGGAAACAUUCUCUGGACAGGUCAAAUUGCUGGAAUGGAUUCUCCAAAUAAAUAAUGCUACAGUUCUUAGUUGGUUCGUAACAAUGGGUGGUUUAACCAUUAUGUCAACAUGGUUGAGUCUAGCAGCAAUUGAAGAGCAAACAUCGGUUAUUCUUGUUAUUUUCAAGGUGCUUCUCCACCUCCCGUUACAUAAGGCUUUGCCAGCCCACAUGUCAGUUGUGCUUCAAACUAUUAACAGGUUGCGCUUUUAUAGGACUCAAGACAUAUCAAGCAGGGCCAGGAACCUCCUUUCCAGAUUGAGCAAAGUGCUUGUAAGGAGUCAGGCAUUGAAGAAACCUCAGAAGGAAUUAAUAUGUAAACAACGGAUAAGUGAAAUUCUCCGCGAUGAGUCUUGGAAAUCUGAAGUUGAUAUUACUGAAGAGAUACUUGCCUUGACUGACGGUGCAAAUGAGAGCAGUAAGCCUGAGCCUAGAAAAACACCAAUGCUUCUCACUGCUGCUGCUGAUGAGACAAAUAAAAGGAGUGCUACGCAAACAAAAUCCAAACAAAAAAGAAAAGUUCUACUUGUAGAACCUCCAAAUAAGAAAGCUGCGGUGAAGAAUGUUAACUCCGUCAGGAACAUCUCUACAAACAAUAGCAGACCACUAUCUGCAGAUGAUAUUCAAAAGGCAAAGAUGCGUGCCAUGUUCAUGCAGGAGAAGUAUGGCAAGGUUGACACAAGUAAAGCGAGUGAUAAACCGCAAGCACUGGAAACACCAAAAACAUCUGGAUUAGUCUAUUCAACUGUAUUGCCUGUGCCCAGGAAUCCCCCUAGAUCAACUGCACAACUUGUUGACACAAGCCCAUCAACUUCUAAUCAGAGUACAGUUGCUCAGCCUGAUAAGCCAGAAAUCUCAGGCGGUUUGAAGUUAAACAUAGGUUCCCAAAAGAAUGUUAUAGAGAAGUUGGAUUCCAGGAGAGUUCCUUGGAGGAUACCACCAGCGGUAUGGAUAGACCCCUCUUGGAGUGUAAGUGCUGGUGACAACAGCAAGGAGCUGGAGGUUCAAACACAGAGAAACCGGCGUGAAAGGGAAACAUUUUAUGCAAGUCAGAAGGACAUCCCGUUGAAUCCAAAGGACCCAUGGGAUAUGGAAAUGGACUUUGAUGACAGUUUGACCCCAGAAAUUCCAAUUGACCAGGCGCCAGAUGCCGACACUAUGGAAACGGAUAGUGUGGGCGCAGCUCUUAAUGCAGUGGCUCCUGUUGAGGACAAGCAAAUUGGAUCUACCUCAUCAACAUCCGUUUCAGUUGCUAACGGCACGAAUGGGGAAGAUCCUGAGCCCGACCUUGAGUUGCUUACGGUGCUACUCAAGAAUCCGCAGCUUGUCUUUGCUUUAACAUCUAACAAAGGGGAGAAUGUGACAAGCGAGCAGACUGUUGCACUUUUGGAUACACUGAAGCGGACUGGCCUUGGACUCUCAGAGUUGGUGAACACACUGGGGAAUGGUGCUGGAACUCCAAAAGAGCCAGAGCCAGAACCUAUUCCUGCUUCGCUUCCAUCACCAACUCCAUCAGACCAAACAACAAGGGCUGCCUGGGGAUCAGAACACCCGACACAGGCGAGGGCUCCGAACCUGCAGCAGCCACAAUUGUCAAACCGGGGGAAUACACCUCCCAUUGCAAAUACCGUGCAGCAAAGCUUCUCAAAUGUUAUCAGUUCGUUGCCCUCACAACCUUAUGCUCCAGUUUCGGUUUUACCGGCACAGAUUCAAGCUAACGUCCCAUCUCUACCUCAGUUGGCGGUCUCCGUAAAUCCGCCAAUUCAACAUGUUUCCCCUGCGAAUAACCAUCUGAAUAGAGCUUCAGUACAUCAGCAUGGCCAGCAAUAUGCUUUGGCGUCUGAUCCUGUUGCUAUAUCCUUGCAUCAGCAAUCAGCGGUGAACAAAUCAUCCCAUGGGCUCCAGAGUAUCCCGAACCAUUCUGUAGUUCAUUCGUCGAUGCCUGAGCCUGAUGCAUCUUAUACAACACUCCCUUGGCAAUCUAAUGCUGCUCAUGUCACCAACACCGGACGAAAUGCAACAGUGGAACCAUGGGCUGCCCGCACAACUAAUUCAUAUAAUACUGCAUCUGCAAGCACAGUGCCAUAUGGCAACCAGAAUGCUUACGGUGAUCAAAGAACGCACAGUGCACACAAUCCUUAUGGUUCUGCAGCAGUCUCGUCGCAAUCUGUUCUCCCAGGGCACGGACUGGACAGAAAUGGUUACAGCCGACCCAUGGAGUACCAAACGAUGGCGCGGGAUGGCCACCAGCGACACUCAAGGUCACCUGAUCCUAGUGCUGGCAGGAACUAUGUUGGCACGCAAGGUUAUAAUCAACAGCCCUUAACGCACUGGAGUGCAGGGCAAGGGCAACAGAGCUACAAUCCUGAGCCCUCAAGGCAAUGGAGUUCUGCGCAACAGAGCUACACUCCUGCCGAGCCCUCCACAAGGCAGUGGAGUUCUGCGCAUCAGAGCUACGCCCCUGCUGAGCCAUCAAGGCCGUGGAGCUCUGAGCGUCAGAGCUACAAUGUUGAGCCCUCGAGGCCUUGGAGUUCCGGCCAGCAGGGCCAGAACCCGGAGGCAUCGAGGCAAUGGAACCUGGGGAAGCAAGAUCCUUACAACCCGAGUGAUGGUCGAAGAUCGUAUGAUCAUCACUGGAGGAGAUAACAGAAGUUGUAUAUUAGCUAGAUCGUGGAGGCGGUUCUUGGGAGUUUUUCUUUCAUUUGAUGUGAGGCCUGUUGAUUCGUUACAUUGGGCUUUGUGAUUGCACAAAGGCCAUUGAGAAAAGCCAUAGAUUUAUAUCAAUCUAGUUUUGUCUCAAAA